AUGAUGACAUACGAGGCAAGCCUAUUCGUCUCAUUUGGCUCUGGUUUCGUUCCGCGUUGCCGUCCCUCCGUUAGAUUGCUGUCCUUCCGUCAGGUUGCUGUAGCUCCGUCAGGGCGGGAGGAGCAGCGCAAGGGGGCGAUAGGGGAGGCCCUGACGCAUUUGGCGGAGGAGCAGCGCAAGGGGGCGAUAGUGGAGGCACUCACACACUUCUCGGUGCUCUCGGCCAAUGCCAUGGCGACAGGUGUCACCACCACGCGCAUGCGCCUGCAGCUCAUGAAAAAGUACUCAGAAUUGUGGGACUUCUGGUUGACAGAGGAGGAUGUAAACCCAUCAGCGCCUUUUUCCACCUCUUCCCACCUCAUUCUGCCCUUUUCCCUCUCGUCUCCCCCCUUCCCCUCCCCCUCCCCGUCUUCUCUCUCCCCACCACCAGAAAUACUCAGAAGUGCAGGACUUUUGCGAAGGGCCUACACCUACUCGUACAUCAGGCGAUGGGGUGGGUGGGGCGGUGCAAUCAGGCGAUGGGUGGGUGGGGCGGUGCAAUCAGGCGAUGGGGUGGGUGGGGCGGUGCAAUCAGGCGAUGGGGUGGGUGGGGCGGUGCAAUCAGGCGAGGGCGGUGCAAUCAGGCGAGGGGCGGUGCAAUCAGGCGUUGGGGUGGGUGGGGUGGUGCAAUCAGGCAAGGGGUGGGUGGGGCGGUGCAAUCAGGCAAUCUCGGUCAAACCCGCUCCCUCGAAGUCCAACUUUCUUCCCUUCAGGCCUCUAGGACGGAAUUGCAUAGCAGGCUAG